AUUUUGGCGGCCCAGUUGUGCCUGAAUGCCCCGUGGGGAUUUAAAUCACCGGCAGUCUGUCCACACUGCUGCAAGGCACAGCAAAAUGGGCGACUGGAACUUCCUGGGCGGGAUCCUGGAGGAAGUGCACAUCCACUCCACCAUGGUGGGGAAGAUCUGGCUGACCAUCCUCUUCAUCUUCCGCAUGCUGGUGCUGGGCGUGGCGGCGGAGGACGUGUGGACGGACGAGCAGUCGGGCUUCGUGUGCAACACGGAGCAGCCGGGCUGCCACAACGUGUGCUACGACCGCGCCUUCCCCGUGUCGCUGGUGCGCCUGUGGGUGCUGCAGGUCAUCUUCGUGUCCUCGCCCUCGCUGGCCUACAUGGGCCACGCGCUGUACCGGCUACGCGCCCUGGAUAAGGAGCGGCGGAGGCGGAGGGCUCAGCUGCGGGCGGAGCUGGACGCGGGGGACGCGGGAGCGCCGGAGGACCGGCGCCGGCGGCUGGAGCGGGAGCUGCGCUCGCUGGAGCACGGAAAGCCGAGCAAGGCGCCGCUCCGCGGCUCGCUGCUGCGCUCGUACGUGGCGCACAUCGUGGCGCGCUCCGCCGUGGAGCUGAGCUUCAUGACCGGCCAGUACCUGCUCUACGGCUUCCGGCUGGAGCCGCUCUACAAGUGCGAGCGCGCGCCCUGCCCCAACGCCGUGGACUGCUUCGUGUCGCGGCCCUCGGAGAAGAGCGUGUUCAUGGUGUUCAUGCAGUGCAUCGCCGGCGUGUCCCUGCUGCUCGGCCUCCUGGAGAUCCUGCACCUGGCCUACCGGAGGAUGAAGCACGGCAUCCUGGACUACUGUCCGCACCUGCGGGAGGAGCCGGACUACUGCUACUCCCAGAAGCCCCGGGCGAGCGCGAGUGCGUCCGCCGCGGGGGGCCACAAGAGCGCCGUUCCCACCGCGCCCAGCGGAUACAGCCUCCUGCCGGAGAAGGAGGCCUACCCCCACCCGGUGGACCCCCCCUCGGCCUUCACGCUCGUCCAGGGCAACGGGAGAGGGGGAGACACGGACGGGCUGAAGGAGAGCAAGGAGGCCCCGGAGACUCCCGCCAAGGGCGACCGGAAGGGCGACGCGCCGAUCGCCAAGGCCCCUCCCCCCACCGCCAAAAUCAAGCAGGGGGCGGAGCCCGAGAAGCCGCCGGGGGGCCUCCCGGUUGCUACGGUUACGGGCGGCGGCGUUGGCGGGCGGAAGCCGCGGAGGGUGAGCACGCCCUCGAUCCCCGCCACCCUGCCGGAGGGGAGACCGGACACCGCGGCCGGCGGGCGCACCCGUUUCGGCGCCGGCCAGGCGCGACCCGCCUCCCGGUCGGACCUCCGGCGGUUCGGCCGGUCCCAGACUCCCGAAUCGGUGGAGGAGUCGGGCUCGGAGUCCCAGCCCAGCCCGCGGAAGCUGUUCCCGGGCCACCGGACUUCGCUGGCGAGCAACGCCAGCAGCAGGUGGGCCGCCACUGACCUGAUGAUCUGA